CAGAUUGCCUGUUUUUUCUUUGUGGUUUCCUGUUUGUCUUCGAGCACAGUGCAAGGAACUCCUGUAAACCCAAAAUUCAGAUCGUCGGAGGAUGGACUUUCAAGACAACCAAGAAGCUCGAAUGCCAUGAAUAAACUUUUCGUUGAUCCUACGGCUACACUCAGGGGCAGGUUAUAUUCAAGGACUGGUUAUUUUCUAGAAAUUUUAAAAAAUGGAACUGUGCAGGCCACAAUGAACAAUUCGUCAGAAUACAGUAAGUGAAGUUGUUAAUGUCUCCUUCCUAGCGCACACGUGGGUGUGAUUCCUUUUUCAGUUUGGCCCGAAAAUCCGUGGAGCCUUUUUUUUUUCAGUUUAGUGCGGAGUUUUGGGGCUAUUUUUGUGCCCAGGAAAGUUCUUCCUGAUUUCAAGAAACCUCAGUUUGCAUGAAUGUUCUUAUAAACUUCACUUAGGUGGAGAAUGUACCAACCUGACGGCACCCCCUGACAAAAUUAUGAGGAGGGGUGUCUGUCUUCCAUAUUUACAUUCAUUUUAGAGUAACUUUUCGUCUCCAUGUCACUGAUAUCAUCAUAAUUGCCAGCAUAGAUCGUUUGAGAGAUUGAAAGAAAACUAUUUUGGCUACGUCCUUUAAUUAUUAGCGUGCUAUUUCCAAGUAAUAGGUUUAAAAUUUUUAAUCUCUUUCCGUAUACGAUAUUGCAGUCAGCCAAACUCUAUCCCUGCUCUCCCGUAAAUGAUUCCUGAUAUGCAAAACUUUUAAUGUCUUUUUUUUUUUAUCCUUCAGCCAAACUUGAAAUGCAAAGCUAUAAUAAAACUUUGAAGAGGUUUAAGGGAAUUUUGAGCCAAAAUUUCUUAGCAUGUGAAUUAAGAGGCAGAAAAAGAGGACGAUUUAUAGGGAGAGUAAGUAUCAAGCGUAACAUUCCUUCUCUUUGAUAAUUAUUAGGUCCAAUCAAGAGAAUAUGAUUUCCCAUCAUUUUAUGUCGGCCCAAUCUCGAUUUCUAUUCAGCUUUGAUAUAACGAGUAUCGCAAUAACCACUCGCCAAGUGCAUUUAUGUCCAUUACGUUCUUCACCUGAUUACUGCAUUUUUUAGAUGCAUUUACAUCUUCUGUUUUUAUCUGAUAGUUACUGCAGCUGCUCGUUGGUAAAAAUCUCGCUCUUCCAUACCCCUUGUUUCUUUAAGCUGAAAAGCUUUACCGAGAUGAACAUGCAUCGGAAAUUUUGAACUAGUGGCGUGAGGAAGACUUUUAACCAAGCUGGGAAAGAUUCACUCAUAUCAGUAAAAAUGUGCAAGUGUUAAUAUCGCCAAUAUCGUCAAACCGAAGAAUUCCUUAAUUUUCUUUCUAUACCUCUUUCAGGGGAACCUGAGCAUUGAUUCUUUGUUUGUGGAGCACAUGGAAGAAAACCACUACCUAACAUACAGGCCAUUCAAUAUUAUAAAUAUUUAUAAUAACACGGGCUACCUCGCCAUCAAAAGUAAUGGUAAGUUUAGGAGAGUGGAACGUGCAGAGCCCGGCAUGUAUGCUUCGCAAUUUACUUUUCUACCGUUUGAUGCGUAA